UAAUUGUCGGCCAUACACAUUUUUAAGUAAACAUUCAAAAAAGAUCGAAGAUUUCCGAGAAUUCACGAAGGAGUAGAAUACCUCUUGCCUCCUGAUACUGCGUGGAUAUCAUAGAAAAUUACCCGUGCGGCAAUAUUAUAUGGCCGUACACGGGACGGGCGCCUUGAAUCUGAUUAGUCUUGUAAAGCCGGAUAGAUAUUCAUUUAUUUGUGAGUGAAGUUCAUUGUUUUUAGCUCAACAAUUCAAUUAAUUUUCACAACGGUGACAGUAAUUAAGAGAAACUAGGAUAAAAUAAGUCAAUUAAUUUAACAUGAUAUCAAUCGGCAAGAAAUGAACGUAUUUCAAAUAAGAGAGAAGCUGUAGAUUUCGUACUUUUGUUUACACUUAAAUACGUGUGAGACGGGGGCAUUAAUUUUAGGUUGUUAUUAUAGUUCAAUUCGUACUAAGAAAGUUUCACUAGUAAUCAAAACAUUGAAGUGAGUAUAUACUUUUGCCGGGAAAAUAAAAGAAAUGGAUCAAAUGGAGGAGGAUGAUAAAAAAUCCUUAGAAAUCAGUGAGAAAGAGUUGAUGGAAGAAGAAGCUGAGAAGUCAGAUCAAUCCAACGAACUCAGUGAUAAUCCUGAUAACGAUGAAGCUGAAGAUUCUGAUAAUGAUGAUGACGACGAUGAUAAGGCAGACGAACUUGAGGUUAAAAAGCUAGAGGCUAUUUUAGCUCAAAAUCCUUUCGAUUAUAAUACUCACGUACUAUUGAUUUCAAAGCUUCAAAGUAUGGGUGAACUUGAAAGGCUACGUAAAGCUCGAGAAAACAUGAGCUCAAAAUACCCAUUGACUUCUGAACUUUGGUUAUCAUGGCUUAGAGAUGAAAUGAAACUUGCUGUGACUUCUGAAGAAAAAUCUGCACUGGUAAAUCUUUUUGAAAGAGCCAUAAAAGAUUAUUUAUCAGUAGAAGUGUGGCUAGAGUAUCUCCAAUUUAAUAUUGGUUCUGUAGCAAGCAGUGGAACUUCAAUGAAUUCUGUGAGAGAUUUAUUUGAACGGGCAUUAACUUCAGCUGGGCUUCAUGUGACAAAAGGUGCGAUUAUUUGGGAAGCAUAUCGAGAGUUCGAAAAUGUUCUAAUUGGAAUGACAGCUGAUGAGGCAGAAAAAGUAGAGCAAAUUAAUCGAGUUGGUAACUUAUUUCGUCGCCAAUUAGCUUGUCCUCUUUUAGAUAUGGAAAAAACAUAUGAGGAAUAUAAAAUUUGGAAAUCAGAUUUAGGAAAAGAUUCUAAUAUUGAUGAUAAUAUAGUUUCUUUGGGAUAUAAUCGUGCUCAUACUGAUUUAAACUCUCGUCUUCCUUAUGAAGAAAAAAUUAUUUCUUAUCAGUCAGAAUCAGAACUCUUUGAUUAUUAUAAAGCCUAUCUAAAUUAUGAAAAACAACAUGGCGAUCCAGCCAGAGUUAGUAUUCUUUUCGAACGUGCAGUUGCUGAUUUAAGUCUUCAUAAUAAACUUUGGGAAGAUUAUUUGAAUUAUCUGGAUUCAACAAUUAAAAUGGAGUCUGUUUUAACUUUAGUAUAUGAAAGAGCAACCAGAAAUGUUCCUUGGUGUGCCGAAAUAUGGAAAAAGUGGAUGAGAUCUAUGGAGAAAUGGGAAAAGUCCUUGUUAGAGAUCCAAAGUAUUCUAGAAAAUGCUCUAGAAGCAGGAUUCACUACUGCUGAUGAUUAUCGAAAUAUUUGGUUAGUUUUUCUAGAAUAUUUAAGAAGACGAGUUGUCUUGGCAACUAAAGAAACUGAAGAAAUGCAUUUGGAGACAAUAAGACAUUCCUUUAAUCGUGCUUGUGAACAUUUAGCUAAGCUAUUUGGACUUGAUGGUGAUCCACAAUGUGUAAUUCUUCAGUUCUGGGCAAGAACAGAAGCCAUUCAUGGAAAUAGUAUGGAAAAGGCGAGAAGUUUGUGGGCAGAUAUUCUUUCUCAGGGGCAUUCAGCAUCAGCUUCUAGUUGGUUGGAGUAUGUUUCUCUGGAGAGAUGCUAUGGAGAUACUAAACAUCUUCGAAAACUAUUUCAAAAAGCUUUGACAGCUGUUAAAGAUUGGCCAGAAAGUGUUGCAAACGCUUGGAUUGAUUUCGAAAGAGAUGAAGGAACUUUAGAACAAAUGGAAUUUUGUGAAAUUAAAACUAAAGAAAAGUUACAAAAGGUUAUGGAAGAACGACAAAAAACACAAGCAAAAAUACAAGAACCUGAUACCCAACAAGUUUAUCAAAAGAGGCCAGAAAAGAGAAAACUUGAGAAAGAAGGAAGAUGGAAAAAUCUUGAUGUCACUAUGAGUAAAAUAAGUAGAAUUGAAAAAUCGACUUCAAAAGAAAGCAGUUCAAAUGCUGUAAAUGAUAAAGAAAAAGAGAAAAAAAUAACACCACCACCUGGAUACAAACCUAGUGAUGAGAAAACUGUUACAGAUGAUGAAGUUGAUGAGAAAAUAACCAUUUUUGUGAGUAAUUUAGAUUACACGGCGACUGAAGAAGAAAUAAGAACAGCUAUUCAAUCAGUAGGCCCCAUUACAAAAUUUAAAAUGGUUAAAGAUUAUAAAGGAAGGAGCAAAGGUUUUUGUUAUAUUCAACUAAGUAGUGCAAACGCUGUUGAAUUAGCAUUGAAAUUAGACAGAACACCAAUUAAUGGGCGACCAAUGUUUAUUUCUCGUUGUGAUCCUAAUAAAACUACUCGAUCAUCAGCUUUUAAAUAUGCUUGUGAUUUAGAAAAGAAUAAACUUUUUGUUAAAGGGCUUCCGGUUACUACAACAAAAGAAGAUCUUGAAAAUAUCUUCAAAGUUCAUGGAAAUUUAAAAGAUGUUCGUCUGGUAACUUAUCGUAAUGGUCAUUCAAAAGGACUUGCUUAUGUAGAGUUUGAAGAUGAAGCAAAUGCUUCAAAAGCACUUCUAGCAACUGAUGGUAUGACUAUUGGAGAUAAAGUAAUUAGCGUAGCUAUUAGUAAACCUCCUGAACGUAAAAAACUUCCUGAAGAGACUCAAAUAAAAUCACUCGGUGGAACCAGUGUUAGUAGAACCCAUUUAGGUGGUCCCAAAACGAUGUUAUCAAUGGUACCACGGAGUGUAAAAACUAAUAUAAAAAAUGGAACUACUAAUGAUAGUAGUGAAAGUGUUAAACCUAUGAAAAAUGAAGAUUUUAGAAACAUGCUUUUGAAUAAAAAAUAAAUUUAAAAAAAA